UAUAUAAACUGACUCCAAAAUAUAUAUCGUUUACGCGAUUCCUUUUUUCUGUAUACUUUCGUUUUAACUAAAUGAAAUUUCGUUUCGAUUCUUUUCGCCUUUAAGACCUUUUCUUUAGCUAAAUCGUCGACUGGACACCAUGAAGGUAGUGGAAGAGUUUUGUAACGAUAUUUCCAAAUACUAUCCAGACGCGGACGACUUUUAUAGCUGGUACAUCGUGCUUUGUAUAAUCAACGGAAUUUUGGCCCUUUCUGCGAUAUUUGGCAAUACGAUUAUCAUCUGUGCGCUAACAAAGACAACUUGUGCCUUAUCUCCUUCGCAAAUACUGCUCCUUGGUUUGGCUUUCUCCGAUCUUACUGUUGGUUUAGUUGUACAGCCCUUGUACAUCUCCGUGAUCUUCGAGAUGCUCCUAAGUAAUUCUGUUUCUCCAGCUGAUUCUGAGUGCAAAACCAAGAUAACUUUUCUAGUCGUGGGAACUUUUCUUGCUGGUGUUUCAUUUUUCGUCGUUUCCGCGAUUAGUUUUGAUCGCUUCCUCGCCAUCAGCCUGCAUCUUCGUUACAGAGAAAUUGUAACAGAAAAGAGAGUUGUCAUUACACUGAUCGUUCUAUGGGCGCUCAGCGCGGUUGCUGCUCUUGGUUAUAUGUUCAUGGGAGCUGUUAACCGAGAGGCAUUGUCCAGCACAUUUACGUUGAUAUUUUUCAUCACAACUACGAUAACAUUUAUUAGAAUCUACUUCGCUGUCCACAGACACCGUCUGCAAAUAAGAUCUCAAGAAAAUUCGGCAAGUGAAAGCUGCAAAGAAUUAGCGCUGAGCAAACGAAAAUUUAAAUCGGCCGUUAACAUCUUGUAUAUAUAUAUCGUAUUCACUGCCUGUUAUCUUCCCUAUACUGGUACAAUGUUGAUCAUAGUAACCUCUGAACACGGUUUAUUUGUUAAAGGAAUCUUUCAGUUUUCAUUGACAUUGGCAUUGUUAAAUUCAUCAUUGAAUCCCAUCUUAUACUGCUGGCGAAUGAGAGAGAUACGGAGAUACGCUUUAGAAAUCCUCAAAAAAUUAUUGCCAUGUUUAAAAACGGACCAAGAUCUUCAUAUCCCAAAGGAAAAGAAACUAUCGAUUCUGAGCACCUCUUAUUUCAAGAGAGACAGGUCAACAACAACUCCUACCAGUCAAGUUAAACGAAAUAUUCGUCAUUGAAUGAUCAACGAGAAUUUUUGAGGGGCACUGGAUUUAUUCGACAUGUUAACUCCGUGUCAGUAAUGAAAAUUGGAAGAACAUCUUCAAAUCGAAGAGACACUAUCAGGACAACCGAGGGGUUUGAUGUAAAGUCAGAAUUGAUAGUUUGCAGUAUACAUGUACAUUUAGAUGACAUAUAUAAAUGCCCGAAAUACAGCCAAAUCACAACUUGUUCAAGUUCCCUUUCUUUCUAUUGAAGAAGGGGGCCAUGAUAGAGAAUGUGUUAAAGAAGGUGUGGUUGUUAAGUGCUGAUCUCAACUAGUUAACAGCCCUAUAGCCAGCCCUUUUUAAUUAUUUUUCUGUGAAGGGGGGCAGUAUAAUAAUAAUAAUAACAUUUUAUUAAACUCUCUUGCAGUAACUUACUGAAUUAACGAGUUAUAAUACAAUGAAAACUUAAUAAGAUCGACUAUGUACAAGUUAUAUACACCACACCAGAACAUGCAUCGCAUUUGUUAAAAAUACUUAAAAGUGAAAAAGUCUUCGGUGUGCUUGGUUCUACAGGUAGUAACGUUUCUGUAAAAGUACUGCUGGUCUGAUUUGUGCCUUUAUAGGGUGUAGGGACAGGUAUCGUUUAGGCUUGUAGGUAGAAGUCGUUCAUUUUGCACAUAUACUCCUUACAUAUCUUAUCUCUUCUAUACGCAAGAGUCUCCACCCGUGCUAUAGUUUAUAAAUUAUCGAUAUCCUAGCACUUACGAACCACUUUCCAUUCCAUCGAGGAUCUUAAGAAAUACUUUACACUGCAUUGAAUGUGCACCAUGUUAUAGAGAGGCCUGUUAUGAGUUGGGAAGCACUGAUCAAAGGGAAAAAAGGCUAAUCUUCUAAUUGUUUAAAAUAUGCAUAAGACUAGAAUGGAAAUCCUUCUUUUUACUUUUAUGACAUGUUUACAUAUAAAAACAUAUAUGCAAUGUUCAUUCCUACAGAAAUUAAAGUCUUAGCGAAUU